UCCUCUGGCUUGAACCCAGAAUGGGUUCCAGGGGCUUGAACCCAGAACCUCUGGGCGACUCCUGCGAUGCAGUGCCUUAGACCACUGCGCCACCCGGGAGGCCAAUUUUUUAAAUAAAAAUCUACAUUUAAUCCAUUUUAAACUCAGGCUGUAACACAACAAAAUGUGGAAGAAGUCUUAACUGUGAAUACUUUCUGAAGGCACUUUACAUGAAGACUUGAAGUUUGUCACUGUCUUUCUCUCAAUAGCUAAUCUGUUUAGGACCCACCAAUCUCUCUCUCCCCCUCUCUCUCUCUCUCUCUCUAUCACACACACACAUUUCCUGUAAUCUUGUGGCCGGAGAGGUGUCUUUGAGAUAUUCAACCUUUGAAGAUAAUUACAUUCUGCCUGUAUGUCUGCUCACCUCACUGCUGCAGUGGGCUCUCUGUCUAUGUGUCGGUCUCUGCUCUCAAUGCAGAUAAUGGAGGGAUUGGUUGAUUGAUUGAUCGCAGGGAUCAUCUAUCAGAGAGUAACUUUACCAAUGCUAGCCUCUCUCUGAGGUGAGGAGAGAAAGAACACAGGGAGAGGAGAGGGCAGGUGGAGAGGAGUUAAAGAGGAGAGAGGUCUGGGGUGAGGAGAGAGAGAACAGAGGGAGAGGAGAGAAAGAGAAGAAAGGACGAGAAGAAGCAUCCUACAACAAGAAGAGAGGAGUGAAGAAGCAGGGUGUUGACCUCCUGUUGACCCCCCGGUGGGGUAGUUACCAUGGCGACGGCUCUAGUGGUGUACCACGGUGCAAUCAGUAAAUUGGAGUGUGAGGAUCGGCUUGGGAAGAACGGGAAGAACGGAGCCUACCUCAUCAGAGACAGCGAAACUAUCCAAGCAGCCAUGUGUCUGUGUGUCUAUAGACAGAAGGUGGUGUAUACCUACAGGAUUCUCCAGAACAACAUUGGAAACUACACCCUGCAGACAACACCUGGUGUAGAGGAGAAGUUCUUUAAGACAUUAGAGGAGCUGGUCCACCAUUAUAAGUGUCGAGGGCAGGGAUUGGUCCAGCACCUGUGCCACUUAGUCAAGAGAAAGACUCUGCUUCAACUUCCUGACCCCAAUAUCAUCGAAGAGGUGCCUGAUUAUGAGAGUAGGUAACACACCUCGACACACAAACAGUUUGUCUCUCCAUCUGUUAGUUUCAGUUCCAUCUCUCAGUGUUCCGAGACCUUCAUCAGAGCUGCUCAGACAUACUGUCCAGACAGUUCACUAUCCUUUAUAACCUUCUCACUUGUGUCCUCUUACUCUCUCUCUCACGUCUAAUUGUUGAUGCAUCAGACUACAUCGAGGUCCUGCCCUCCUGAUUCAGCAGCACACUCUGAACCCUGACCCCUGACCUGUGACAUCAUCUAUUAGCCUGUGAGAGUCUGGGUGUGGUGCCAUCAGAUCAGGCUGUGCUUAGUAGUCAUGAUGCAAUGGGUUGUUUUCUGUUCUGUGUGCCAGGGGUACUGAGGUUGUCAGAGAGAAUAGUGUUUGUCUGUUUGUUGAAGUGGAAGUUUACGUCAAUGACACAUCAGAGAGGGGAUUUGGGGACUAGGCCUGUGUUUGUGACUCAGUGUGUGAAUCCUUCCCCCUCUCUCCAUGAUCUAAACUGGCCCACCACCAACAGUGAGGUUUUCCGCCUCUCUGUAGGCUGGGUCUGUCACAUUACCUAGUGCUGGUAGAGUUGUUUUAUUCAUAAUGGUUUGGGGUAGUAAGAAGUAAUGGCAUUCACACCUGACAUAACAAUGUUUAUUUUUCUCUACACUCUAUAGAAACAUCCCAUAUAAUUUACGGCUCAUUCAUCUCAUGAUUAUGUUUUUGUCACUAUGGCAUUCUGAAUACAUAAAAUCCCUUCAACCGAAUGAACCAUACACAUACAAAUAAAAGACAGUUAUGUUUGCUAACCAGCUGACCCACGUGUUAGUGAUCUACGAAGGGACUUUAGUCUUCCCUCUGCAGACGCCUUUUGCAGGUGCUUCACUCUCCACGCCAAGUAGCCACGCCCAUCUUCUGCAUUGUAAUACUGGGCCUAGAUAAAGACAGACAAAAAAUAAACAAACCUUUUGUCCACCUGAAGCAAAUUUGUUACUGCUGCAUGUUAGAAUCUGUAAGAAAAGUUGAACAGUUGCAGAGACUGUGUAACAUUUAAUGUUCCUCGGUCACCUUCACAUACACAAAGCCGGAUUGAGGAGGAGCAUGUAAAUAACAGCAGUGUUUUGUUAGACAGAGUUGCAACUUGAAAAGUGCUGUGUAUUCCCUGCUCUCUCCUUGGCUUCGCUGCAUUCUAGAUUCCAUAGCUAGUACAAGGCACACACGCCUAAUAAAAGUAACGACUGCUGACACAGUUAACGACAUCAUAGCUACGCAGGCACACAUCCAUGACUGAAUUCUCAGACCGAAUGCAGGUUUGGGUUAUCUUUUUAGCUAGCUUAGACGUGUGGCUUUGGUAGCCAUCUAGCUAACGUUACUAGCUAUCCAGCCAUCUAGCUAAGCAGCCAUCUAUCUAGCCAAAGAAGCAACACUCACGUGGGCCAAAGUGGUGUAUAGAAUGAAUGACUGACCUUAACUAGACUAUACCCUGAAUUUGGUUUGAGUAUUCUAGCAAAUAUUUGUAUAACUAACCCUCAUUGUUCUAUCUGUGAUUCUAGUUUGCGAACGUUAACGUUAGCUAGCUACUAUAAAUGGCCAUGCUAGCUAAUAUUAGCUAUUAGCUAGGUAACAUUAGCUAACUUCUGUAGCUAGCUAAGUUACCCUUGUAGCUAAUGUUAGCUAUUUGUUAGAGUAACAUUACAAAACAUUUGGUGUCGAAUUGUCAAAUGUUUAUUGAUUUAUUCAACUGUGGUGAUAAAAAAAUAGGAAUUUAGCCGCUUCAAGUACCUAUCUUUGUAUGUCCAUUCUGUCAAACUGAGCUAAAAUGAUUAGCUAGCUAGCUAAUGGUAGCGACGCUUUGAGAAUGGCGCCAAGCCUGGCUUGGUUAAAAAAACAGCCUGUAGCGAUCGAUUGCUAGGUAAUAAUGAAUAUUUGGCUUGGAACUAGCUAAUGAUGAAUGAUAAGAAGGAUACGUCAGUCUAAAUGGUUGACUUAGUGUGGGGUUUUUAUAAGGUUUUUUGACAUGCUGAACUAACUAUAAGCUAGUAGGGCUUCUUAUGCAUUAAAGUUUGAAUUGCUGACUCUUGUGAACCUGCAUUUUCCAUUGGUCUCUACUCUUACCAGUGCUCUGUCUAACCAUGAAUGUCAGCCUGAAAUGUGUGUGUGUUAGAGAGAGCGCUGUACUGCAUGAAAUAUGUGUGUGUAUGCAACAAAUGUAUCAGUAGUGUGGGCGCUGUACUAUGUGGCCGAGACUGUGCUAAUCUUAGAGAGACACAGGAGGGGGGUGAAUCAGGAGACUGCUGACCAGACAAUAACAGAUAAACUAUACACACGAAAAACAUAUGUGAGGUUCUGAGUCAUGCACUAUAACCCAAUACUAUAAACGUGAUCAGCAACUAUAUUAUAUGUGAUUGAAUACAAUAACAAAUGUGAUUUGAUAUUGACAAACUGUUUGGGCGCCUGGAUGUCUGUGUGUGUGUGCUGGAAGUAACGGUUAGCUCAGAUAAGGAGCUGGGAAGCUGUAGUUAGCCUUGAGCGAGAACAGAGGACAUUGUAUACAGGUGCAGAUAUCUCAGACAAUGUUAUAAAACUGUCUGACCCCAGUCUUUGGGGUGAAGGAGCGUAAUCUACACAGCAACAGCGUCGGGACAUCAUAUGCGCUAAGGGGCCAGGACUGGCUUAAGGCGCCAACAUCAACGAUAGGCUGGGUGAGUCUAAACCACGCCCAGUCUCUACUCUGACAGGCCGGCUCGGAAGUGGGAACUAACCUCUGUCGGAGUAUAAUAUAAUAUCUUUGUCAGAAACAAAUCAGUUCUCUGUCUUAUCCUGCGUGAUGAAACAUUGAACCCGUAUAUACGGAAAUUGUAUUUGCCAUUUAUUAACUUUUGAAUUAAACAAUUAUUUUAACCAA